AUGGUUUACGAAGAAGUCAGUUUAAAAAACUUAAAAAUAAAAAAUGAUUAUAAAUCAAUUGAAUUAAGUGAAAUUUCUAAGAGUGAUAUGCAUAAAAGAAUUAAAACAUUUGGCUGGGUAGAUUGCUGCAGAACAGGAAAAUCCAUUACAUUUUUUGACCUGACAUGUCAAUUUAAAUCAAUAAAAUGUGUUUAUGAAAAAAAGAUCGAUUUGACAAAAUGUACUUCAUUGACUAUUUACGGAACUAUUCAGGAGAACAAAUCGAAAAAAGAAAACGCAGAAUUUGAAGUAUUAGUUGAAAAACUUGAAAUUUUUAAUGAUGCUAUUGCACCAUCUUUUCCACUAAAUAAAGAAUCAAGUUUUGACACAAUGAUGAAAUACGGCCAUUUGGCGUUACGUAAUAAACAGCGAGGAUUUUUUUUAAAAGCAAGAUCUUCUUUACUAAAAAUUAUAAGAGACAUAUUUUAUGAAGGUAAUUUUAUUGAAAUUACUCCACCUACUAUCGUUCAGACACAAGUAGAGGGAGGAUCAACUCUCUUUAAAUUGAAAUACUAUGAUAAGGAUGCUUAUUUGACACAAUCUUCGCAACUUUAUUUGGAGACAGUUGCACCUGUAGCUUACAGAGCAUAUUGUAUUGCUUCGUCGUACCGUGCAGAAAAAAGUAAUACUACAAGACAUUUAAGUGAAUAUACUCAUGUAGAAGCAGAAUUAGCAAAUAUUGAAUUUGAAGAUUUAAUUAAUAACAUUGAACAUUUGGUUACUGAAUCUAUUAAAAGAUUUUAUGACUUACUUGGAGAUGAAAUAAAAGAUCUUUAUCCAGAAAUAAAAUUGCAAAAUGUCCCUAAACGCCCAUUUAAAAGAAUAAGAUACGUAGAUGCUAUCAAAUUUUUGAAUGAUGAAGGUGUAAAAAAAGACGACGAUACGGAUUUUGUAGUUGGGGACGAUAUUCCGGAUUCACGCGAAAAAAUUAUUUGCGAAAGAUUUGGCAAGGGAGAGCCUGUUUUAAUGACCCAUUUUUUAGUAGAGCAUAAACCUUUUUAUAUGAAAUUAGAUAGUUCUAAUGAAACAUGCACUGAAAGCUUUGAUUUACUUUAUCCUGGUAUUGGAGAAAUUGUAGGAGGCAGUAUGAGAUUAGAUAAUUACAAUAAACUAAUUGAUGGAUUUAAAAGGGAAGGUCUUAAUCCUGAAGAUUAUGAUUGGUAUUUAGACAUGGCAAGGUUUGGGCCUUGUAGUCACGGAGGGUAUGGACUUGGUUUUGAAAGGCUUUUAAUGGCACUUAUGAGAUAUACUAAUAUUGAAUUUGCAACAUUAUAUCCUAGGAAUACAAGGAGAUGUCAUCCUUAA